AUGUCUCUGCUUUUCGGCCUAGUUGCAAAACACUUUGUUGAAGAAGGUGACAAGGCCCGUUUUUGCUCAUACCCACGACAAACCCCGUACAUGUUGGUCAACUACAGUUUUGAUGAAGACAAAUAUUUAAAUAUAUCUACAAGUUACUGUUUAUUUAAUCCAAGGAAUGAAAAAAUCAUCAAGAUCAUUGAUAAAAAUUUUCUAAAAAGUCUACCGUUGUCCGAAGGAUUCAUCUUCCUUGGAACCUCACGUGGCUGGGCAGUUUUUAAGUGUAUGCAUGAUUCAAUUAUAUUUCUCAGCGACGUGUUUAAUCCUUGGUCGUCAGAAUCAUCCACUAGAACCAUUGUGCUGCCUCCAUUGGUAUUUAAUGGCAUGAAUGCCAAAGCUUCAUUGUCCACUCCUUUUCCCGACCAGGACAAUGAUUAUAUAGUGAGUGUCACCUUCUUUGGAUCUAAACUUUAUUACUGUAUGCCUACUCGAGAUUCAGAGUGGACUAGUAUUAACAUUCCAUUUUCUUGCGAUUUCGACUCACAAGUCGUUUAUUCUCGGAAAGACCAAAUGUUUUACCUCCUCACUACUGGAUGUGCCUAUAUAGCUGCCUUGGAUCUCAAAAACAAUAAGGACCCUACCUUCCUUCAAAUACAGUUUCAGAACUUCCCUUUGAUACCACAACACGAGUGGGAGAUAUUGGCUUCAUGUUCACGAAGUGACUAUAUUGCUGAGUCGUCUUCUGGCGAACGUUUCAUUGUUCAAUGGUAUUUAACGUAUGUGGAGUCAUGGGGCAAUGGGAACAUCACUAGAGUAGUUAGAAAAACCAACCGAUUCAUGGUGUUCAGGGAAGAAGAAGAGCAUAAACUCCAAAGAAGUAAAAUGAUCGCUAACUACACAGAAAAUAUUGGAGAUCUUUGCAUUUUCAUUGGGGAGAAUGAUACAUUUUGUUUAGAGGCAAGCAAGUAUCCGGGACUCAGACCAAACUCUAUAUAUUAUGUUGGUCAUGGCUUUGGUGUUUACGAUAUCAGUAAGAAAAGAGUCCGUGAAUAUGACGGAAACUUAACAAAGGAAUCCAAAUUAUCAUCGACUUCUUUUAUAGCAAAGUAUGAGUCAAUAUCUACAAAUCCUGUACUCGGGUUUACUAUCCAAAACCGUAAAAAUACGCUUUGA